AUGAAAAAUCACAUUCUCUCUCUCUCUCUCUAUAACUUUUAACCAUUUAUUUUGAUAAUAUCCCUCUUUCUAAAAAUUCUCAAAAAAACUCACCACCUCCGCCACCACAACCCCCGUCGUCAUCGUCGUAGUCGACGAUAAAUCCGAAAACGACGCCGUCUCAAAAAAUCGUAACCUCAUCUCCGGCGCAUCUUAGCCGCCGCCGCCGCCAUCGCUGCUUACUUCCACCCCAAAAUCCGACCCAUAACUGGACUCGUAGAACCAAAACGGAAAAACCAGUAUCCUUUUCCCGGCGGGUCAUUCUCCGGCGAGUCCACGUUGGAGAAGGUGCGCACCAUCAUUAACCUGCGCACACGGCACACCUCUAUAUUUCUCUCCCCAUAUUGACCUUGUUUCCUGGGGAGCUAUUACUGCGUGCAGACAUUAUUAAUAUGAAUGCAUAGAAUUCCCAUGAGAAGUGAUGGCUUUUUUUAGGAACUAUUCUAACAACACAGUUUCACGAAGUCUCCUGGAAGAAAAGACCCUAGGACAAAGUGUUGAAAGAAUUCAUAGCUCCACAGGGAAUGAAGAUAUGGAUGUAAAUUCUUAUGAAAAGGAAUGUGAUAUCAACAUGGAUGUUCAGUAUCAAAGUGAAGGCGAACAUGAAGAUGCUAGUAGGUUGCACAAUGAGGCAGCAGAAGAUGAGGUUAUUGGUACAAAAGUUUCCAAUUUGCCCACUUCUGGGAGGAGAACAGCUGUGGCUGGAAAGUGGGGUUCAACCUUUUGGAAGGACUGUCAACCUAUGCGCUCACAGGGUGGGUCUGAUUCUGGUCAGGAAACUAAAAGUGGGUUGGACUACAGAAAUGCUGUUGGAUCUGAAGAUAAUUCUUCGGAUGUCAGGGAAGAUGGAAUAGAUUUUGAAGAUGAGGGCAAGCCGAAAGUAAGCAAGGGACAACGAGGGUCAUUCUGA